CAUAUGAAAUUCUGCUUCAAGGGAUAAAAUGGUUUCAUUCAUUCAAAUCAGAAAGACACAUGUCCGACUUUGUAUGAAAUAAUGCAUUCAGACUGUUUUCAGUUCACUACAUAUGGUACUAAAUGUAAGCAGAGGUUUCAAACACUCUGUAACAACAAAUUAUUCGUUUUUUCUACCUUCAGUAUACUCUCACUUCUGUCAUUGCGAUUAAACUAGAAUCUUGUGCCUUUUCUUUACUGCUCAUGCAAACAUUCAGCUCAGUUCAUUUUCGCCAAUAUAGCCUACGAACCUUUUUCUAUGCUCAAGCACAAACAGAAACGUGCAAUCAGAGAACAUGCAGCACAUAUAACACUGACAAUCCAUAUACAAUAUAAACAUGAUCAGAAUCAGAAUAUACCUGGGUGCUGUGAUUCACUUUCAAACGCUUAAUUAAAAUGAUGUGCCGCUAAAACGAAGUGCUGUCUGGCUCAGUGUUUAAUGGUUUGUGCAUGAAGACGGCGUGGUGGUGAACGCCACAUGCACUGUCAUAUGUUUUCAAGUGAAAAAUUGCAACAUGCUCGUUUUAUAUGUGUGAUGAAAGGCAAAACUUUGCUCCACCCUGCUCGAAGCUGAAGAACUGCGCAAACGCGGAUUAUAUCUAACGCAAUCGAUAAACAAACACAUCUGCCUUGUGUUUCUCUGCGGACCGAAGAACGCGCUAAAAGACUUUAACCUUUUUAUAAUCGAGACCAACAAGGACAUCGGCAACGUCGCAAACGCCUUUCAGGACCAUUUUGUCCUCCGUUAAACCGAAGAAAACGCCCAAAAGUCGCGGAGCUGUGGUGAUCUUCCUCAGGUAAAGUUACGCGGGAGUUCAGAGUCCGGCAGGAAUCACGUGGUCACCCAAAGAUAACCGCGCUUUUAUUGGUUGGUUCAAGCCUGUACGGGUUUUCGGCGUAUCUUUUUGAAGCGAAAAUGGCAGAAGCCAGUAUCUCAUGGGCUGAGGAUCAGUUCACGUGUCCAGUGUGUCUGGAUCUGCUGAAGGAUCCAGUGACGAUUCCCUGCGGACACAGUUACUGUAUGAGAUGCAUCACAGACUGCUGGGACCAGGAGGAUUGGAAGACACUCUACAGCUGUCCUCAGUGCAGAAAAACCUUCACACCAAGACCAGUUUUAGGUAAAAACGUGGUGUUUGCUGAGAUGGUGGAGAAGCUGAAGACGAUGAGACUCCAAUCUGGUCCUGUUCCUGCUGCUCCUGCAGUUCAUCACACAGGAUCUGGAGAUGUUCAGUGUGACUCCUGCACUGGAAUUAAACAGAAAGCAGUCAAAUCCUGUCUGGAGUGUCGAAGCUCUUACUGCCAAAAUCACCUUGAACAACAUGAGAAUCUCUUCAGAGGUAAUAGACACAAUCUGAUGGACGCCACCGGACGACUGCGAGAGAUGAUGUGCCCUCGACAUGAUAAACUGCUGGAGAUCUACUGCCGCACCGAUCAGAGAUGUAUCUGUAUGUUAUGUUUGGUGGAGGAACACAAAAACCAUGACGCCGUAUCAAUUGCAGAAGCAAGCAAAGAGAAAAAGAGAUAUUUUAAGGAAACGCAGAUAAAAAUCCAAAAGAUAAUCCAGCAGAAGGAGAAAGGUGUUCAGAAGCUGAGAGAGGCUGUGGUGUCUUACAAGCGCUCUGCACAGACAGCGGUGGAGGACAGCGAGAGGAUCUUCUCUGAACUUAUCCGAUCCAUUGAGAAACGUCGCUCUGAGGCGAAGCAGCUCUUCAGAGAUCAGGAAAGAGCUGCAGUGAAGCAAGCUGAAGAACAACUGGAGCGACUGAAGAAGGAGAUCAAUGAUCUGAAGAAAAAAGAUGCAGAGCUGAAGCAGCUUUCAGAAACACAGGAUCACGAUGUUGUCCAUGUGUUCCAGGGAUUGCAGUCCGUCUCUUUCUCUGGAUCUACAGACAACUUCGCGGUCACUAAUCACUCUUUUGAUGCUGUAGUGAAAUCAGUCUGUGAGCUCAGAGACGCACUGCAGCGGCUCUCCAGAGAGACUGUAGAAAAGUUGUCUGCGGAAGUGAAAAUCGUACAGGUCGUUCUGACUCCGGAUUAUCAGACCAGAGGAGAGUUUUUACGAUAUUCCCGUCUGCUGACAGUGGAUCUGAACUCUGUGAAUGAUUUCCUCCGUCUGUCUGAAGGAAACACAGCGAUGACUCUCAGCAACACACAUCAGUAUUAUCCCGCCCAUCCAGACAGAUUCAAUAACUGGUCGCUGGCGUUGUGUAGAGAAAGUGUGACCGGCCGCUGUUACUGGGAGGUGGAGUGGACGAGCAGAGGAACAUCGGGAGUAGACCUCGCAGUGGCAUAUAAGAGCAUCAAGAGGAAGGGAAUAGGAGUUGAGAUUGAUGCUGGACGUAAUGAUCAGUCCUGGAGAUUGUACUGCUCUCCAGACUACUGCUCGUUCUGGCACAAGAACAUGGAGACCGUUCUUCCAGUAGCUAAUAUCUCCAGUAGAGUAGGAGUGUAUGUGGAUCACAGCGCAGGGACUCUGUCCUUCUACAGCGUCUCAGACACAAUGAGUCUCAUCCACAGAGUCCAGACCGCUUUCACUCAGCCGCUCUAUGCCCUGUUUGGACUAUACAAGGACUCAAGCGUGAAACUGUGUCGCCUAAACCAUUAGACUGCGCAGAAGCGUGAAAUGUGUUUUUAUUGUCAUGUCCCACAACGAGUGGGUUUCGGGAAGGUGACAUUUUGGUUAUUUUAUGGUUAUCGUGAUUUAUACACUCAAAUGUUACCGUUUUGAGGAAGAUUAAUUCUUUGUGAGAGUUUGAUUAAUUCUUUUGAAAGCCACUUGCCGUGUUAUCCUGCACAUGAACGCGAUCAUCACGUUUAAGAGUUUCCUCUUGAUUAUAUCAAGAAAAUCAAAGAUGUAACCCCUCCCCAAUAUUUUGUCUUAUCCACUACUUAUCUUUUAAUUAUCAGAAGUACAUUAAAGAGUAAAUCAUCUGAUGCGUAUUAUUUUGUGUAUUGUAUGGGUGUCGAGAAAUGUAUGAAAUGUAGAAUUAUUGUUGCUAUUUCAUGAGAUUGCUUCUACAGCCUUUCUGACAGAAUAAAGUCCCUCUAUGCUGUGUUUCAAA